AUGAAGGAAAUUGUUCCUUUUGAUAUGUGGAUUGGAGAUAAGCAAAGUGUGAGUAAUUUCAGAGUAUUUGGUUAUAUCUGUUAUAAACAUGUUCGAGAUGCUACUAGAGAGAAGUUGGAUGAUAGAAGCAAGAUGAUGUUACUAAUGGGGUAUCACAGUACAUGUGCUUAUAAGCUUUAUUGUCCAUUCACUAAUAAGGUUGAAGUCAGUAGAGAUGUUGUUGUGAAAGAGUCAAAAUUAUGGGAUUGGAGCAAGUCUCAAUCCAACUUUGAAGGCGAGAUUGAUUAUGAGGAAGAAUUUGAUUCUAAUCCAGAUUCUGGUGGUGAUUCAUAUUAUGGUGAUCCAGAUUUUGAUGGUGAUUCUGAUUCUGAUGGUGAUUCAUAUUAUGGUGAUCCAGAUUCUGAUGGUGAUUCAAAUUUUGGUGGUAGUCCAGAUUCUGGGAAUAUUCUAGAUUCUGAAGGUGGUCAUGCUUCCGAAGUCAGUACUUAUGGAGUUCCAACAUCUGAUAUUGUUCCAGAAUCAGAAGGUUCUGAACAAGUUCAAAGGCCACAAAGAAUCAAAAACAUUCCGAAAAGGUUUGCAGAGUUUGACAUGCUACAAGAUACUGAAGUAGAUUCUGAAGGGGAAGUUAUUCAGCGUGCCAUGUUAGUAGACUCUGAACCCGUGAGAAUGGAAGAAGCUCUCAAAGAAUAA